AGCAGAGCAAGCUGUCAACGUAAACAGUGGGUGUCCCCAACAUUUGUUUUCAUUAGCAAUAACGUUACCUGCGAGAGUAACAGCUCAACCAACUGAAUAAAUAACCUGACAUGUGUCAAAUAAGAUUAUUACAGGAUGUCUAGUAAAGAAGUGAAAACAGCACUGAAAAGUGCCAGAGAGGCCAUCAAAAACAAGGAGUUCAAAGAGGCCCUAAAACACUGCAAGGCUGUUUUGAAACUAGAGAAGAACAAUUAUAAUGCAUGGGUAUUCAUCGGCUUGGCAGCCAGUGAACUGGAGCAACCAGAUCAGGCACAGACGGCCUAUAAAAAGGCUGUGGAGCUGGAGCCUGAGCAGCUGCUGGCAUGGCAGGGCUUGGCAAAUCUUUAUGAGAAGACUGAUCAGUGGGAUUUCAAAGCUGAGCUGCCGAACAUCUACCAGAAGCUUGUUGAGCUGUAUGCAAGCUCUGACAAAAAUAAAUGUUAUGAGAUGAUCAAUAAGCUGUCCGAGAUCUAUCAGUCUGAAAAGGAAUAUUUAAAGUUGGCAAAGGUUUGGCUGCAGCUCAUCCAGGUGAAGGAGGAAGAGGCUGUGGACAAGAAAGAGUUACUGCAACUGUGGCUACAGAUGACCCAACUCUUGUCAGACUGCCAUAAUGAGGGAGAGCAGGACAAUGAAACUCAGCAGCAUUUAAUCACAGCAUUUGAGAAGGCCAUGGUUCUCAUGGAUCCUGUACCAGGAGAGGAGCAUAAGAAGGCCUCAGCUGACUAUAUCAAAUGUCUUUCUAAACUGCCACAAGAAGAAGCCAAAAUGAAAGAGGCAUGUGAGUCCAUGCUGUCCCACUACCCCAACCAAAGUUAUCCUCUUGAGGUUCUGUGUUCACACUACCUCAAAACAGGUGUUCAGGAUGAGGAUGCAGUCAGCUGUUUCUCCCGUCUCCUGGAUCUGGCUCCUAACAGUGGAUUAGGUCACUUGGGACUGGGAACCAAAGCACUGCAAGAAGGAAGGUUUAAAGAUGCUAUUAAGAACCUUGCACAAGGGUUGAAGAAAAUGAGCUCCAGCACAGGAUGGUGCAGCCUGGCUGAAGCUCAGUUUAAAAUGCAGAGAUACGCAGACAGUGCUGUAUCAUGCUCUCAAGGUCUGACCGUGUGUGCUUCUGGAGACAAGGAGCUGAGGGUCAAACUGCUGAAGCUGAAGCUAGAGGCUUUGGUCAGGAGUGGAGGAGAGAAGGCUGCAGACCAGGCUUUGGAGACAUUUUCACAGAUCCCAGUUUCUGAAAAAGACCCAGUGAUAUUAGCCCUUCAAGGACGUGCACACCUCAACAAGGGACAGACUGAUGAAGCACUUAAGUUGUCAUCAGAACUGGUGGUCUCAAACCCUAACCUAGCCCAGGGGUUCGAACUGAGAGGACUGGCACAACUAGCUCAGGGUCAGCAGCAGCUGGCAGAAGAGAGUUUCCUAAAGGCAGUUAGCCAGAGCCCAGAUUGUGGAGAGUAUUAUUUCUUGCUGGGACGACUCUACUGGGACAUGGGAGAAGAGACCCGUAAAGACAGAAGCAAAGCUCAUACACAUUUGCUCAAGGCUGCAAAGUUAGACCCACACCUUGGUUGUGUAUUCCGCUACCUCGGACAUUAUUACCGUGAGGUGGCAAAGGAUCUUGGCCGGGCACGGGGUUGCUAUAAGAAGGCCUUUGAGAUAGACAACGAUGAUACUGAGUCUGGAGCUGCCUCAGUGGAUCUCAGUAUGGAGCACAAUGAUAUGGAAACUGCCUUAGCAAUACUUCAGUCAGUGAUUGAGAAAGCCACUCCAGGCUCAGCUAAAUGGGCUUGGAUGAGACGAGGGCUAUAUUACCUGAAGGUCGGAGAGCAUCAGCAAGCUGUAGCUGACCUGCAGGCAGCGCUGAGAGCAGACCCAGAGGACUGGGUAUGUUGGGAGUGUUUAGGCGAGGCCUACUUAAACCGCCGGAGCUUCACAGCAGCUCUGAAGGCCUUUGGUAAGGCCCAUCAGCUUCAGCCCUCCUCCAUCUACAGUGUCUACCAGGCUGCUGCUAUCAAACAGACCCUGGGCAAGUUCAAAGAGGCGGUUGCAGAGUAUUUGCAGAUCACGGCACAGCAGGACUAUGUUCCUGCUCUUAAAGGUCUUGGGGAGUGCCAGCUGUCUCUGGCAAAAAGUUUAAUGGAAGACUGUAGAGAUGGGGGAGCCAUCGACCUCAUUCAGCAAGCCAUACAAAACCUCUUCAGAGCUGUAGAGCUGCGUCCAGAUCUGUCCUGUCUGUGGAAGCUGCUGGGAGAUGCAUGUACUGCCGUCAGCACCGUGUCUCCAAACAGAGUCCAGGUUCUAGUGCCCGCCCCCCUGGCUGGUUUAGACCCCAACAUCCAGAGCCACACACUGAACCAGGUCCAGCUACUUAAAGUUGGUGAGAGAUGUUAUGCCCGAGCUUUGAAGCUGAUGUCUGAGGUCCCCAGCCUUUGGUAUGACCUAGGACUCAACUAUUACCGCCAGUCGAGCCUGACCUGCCCUACAGAUGGAGACCAGAACUCUCCAUCUCAUCUCCUGGAGAAGGCCCAGCAGUGUUUAAAAAAGGCUAUCAUGAUGGACAGUGGGAACCACAGCUACUGGAACGCCCUGGGAGUGGUUUCUAUGAGCAAAGGUCUUGAGAACUUCGCUCUGGCUCAGCAUUGCUUCAUCAAGUCCAUACAAGUUGAACCAAAUAAUGUUGUUGCUUGGACCAACCUUGGUACCUUGUAUUUGAAGAAGGACAAUAUAGAGCUUGCACACGAGGCCUUCAAGAUUGCCCAGUCACUGGAGCCGCUUUAUGUCAACUGCUGGAUCGGACAGGCGCUGAUAGCAGAGAGAGUGGGAAGCUAUGACACCAUGGAUCUUUUCAGGCACACCACUGAACUCAACACACAUAUGGAGGGAGUGAAAGGUUAUGCCUACUGGGUAUGUUCCACCCUGCUGGAUAAGAGCAACAGAGACUCUGAGCUGUACCGCUACAACAUAGUACAGAUGAAUGCCAUCUCUGCUGCUCAGGUGGCACUCAGCAAGUACACAGAGAGGAUCCAGUCUGACCCUGAUGCCUUCAUCAUGCUUGGCUACCUGAAUGAGCAUCUGCAGCUGAAGAGGCAGGCCUUACAGGCGUACAGAAGAGCUGUUGAUCUGCUUCAGUCCAUGUCCUCGACAGAAGAGCUGGCUUUUGCUCUGGGCAGCUAUGGCCGUGCCUUGUGCACCGUAGGCCAGUCAGAGGAGGCAGUGCGUGUUUAUAAUUCCACUCCACUGCAGGAGCUCAGUGAUUUGGCUGGGCUGGCUCUGGCCUACUGCAGGGCAGGACUUAUCCCAGAGAGCAUCAGCGCCUAUGAACGUGCCUUAGCUGUGGCUUCCAGUGAGAAGGACAAGGCUUACAUCUUGACAGCUCUGGCGUUGCUUCAGCACCGGCAGGGUAACCUAGACUCAGCCAAGACUCUGCUGUUUAAAUGCUCGAUGUUAAAGGAGCCAAUCUCAGAGUCUCUGCUGUGUCUAUGUGCCCUGGGAUUGGUGCACAGGGAUGCUACACUAGCUGCUGCUGCCCUGACUGAGCUGCUAAAGCAAGGUUCAGCCUCUGGGAAUGUUAUAGAACAGCGAUGUCUACUCACCUGCGCCUUGCUCGCCCUGCAGGGUAACUACAGCGCGGUGCAAAGAGAGGCUUCCCGAGCUAUACACAGCAAUCCUGGAAACCCAUCUCUGUGGGCUCUGCUGUCCAGGCUGGUACCACAAUAUUAUCCCAAGAAGGCAAAUGGUGGAGCGGUGGCUGGUCACGUUGCCUGUCUCUCCAGUAUGACCCAAGGAAAGAGGGCGCUGUUGUACAGUGGCGUGAACCAGCUGGCUGGUGGAAGACACUCUGGAGAGGACAGUCACAGGAAUGCACUGAAGACUAUGCAGAGAGCUGUGUUGCUUUGUCCUGAUGAUCCGGCAACAUGGGCAGGAUUAAUGGCUGCCUGUCACACAGAAAACACCUCCUGUUAUCUUUCAGGCUCUGCUCCCUGUAGACAAGGCCUGGAGCAAACCCUCAUGUCGGUGGUGUCUGAGAAAGUGCAUAAUGUGGAGGAGAUAGAGCGUCCUCUAGCUCAGAGUCUAGAGGGUUGGGUGCUACAACAGGCAGUUACUGGUCUCAUGCUGGGGGGACAGCUGGAGCAGGCAGAAGCUCUUUGCUCACAGGUGCUGAAUGUUUCUCCAGAACACCCAGCAGUGAUGCUGUCGCUGAGGCAGGUACAGUGUCAGCGCCUCCUUGUGGCCGAUGGUGGUGCUGUCCUCCCAGACUCUGUGCUGGAGCAACUAAGCAACACUGUGAUUAUGAACCCCACCAACCUUGGCGCUUGGCACUGGCUGGCUGAGGUGUAUCGUAGCCAGGGCCUCCUGGUCCAGGCAGUCAUGGCUUACAAGCAGAGUCUGCAGCUGGCCUCACAGCUCGGCCUGCACAGCAGCCAGGUAUCCAGCCUGCUCCGACUAGCCCUGCUUGCCCUGGGACCUUGUAUGGCUGGUGUCCCAGGAGACGACUGGAAAAACAUGAUCCAAGAAGCCACCACUGAGGUCUUGAAGCUGGGUUCAUCCCCUAUGGCCCAGCUUUUCCAGGGUCUGCUCCAAUAUGUGACCAAGAUGGGUGCUAGGGAAACAAGGCGUUUGUUGGAGAGGGUGGCAUACGCCCAAGACUUCCCAGUGACAGUGGUGCAGGUGGCCAGCUGGUACCUCCUCAGACACUUGCAUGCAAAAAACGAUGAGGAACUAAUGAAUGUCCUUUUGCACCAUGCCAAAAUGAAUGGAGAUCAAAGACUGCUGGAGUUUAAUUCACUGCUUGCCUCUUCUUCAGCUUGAAUUCAUCAAGUCCACAACUUUAUCGCUAUGAAAUCAUGCAGCUCAGCGGGUUUAUCCAAAGGUUUACUGGGUCUCUUCGCUAAAUAUGAAAUCACACCAGACUGGAUAUGAUGUGUCUGAUAUCAUAAUAUUUAUUGGCUUUACAUGAUUCUUUGAUUUUACAUGAUACAGUGUUCAGGAAAUCAAUUCACAAAUCAAAAUCAUGAGCAUUUUCAUACAUUAUUUCAAACUGAC